AUGAGCGGCAGCUGUCUUUGCGGCGACAUCAAAUACACCAUCUCUGGUGAUCCCGUUGCCCAAGCCCUCUGUCAUUGCCUCGACUGCCGACGCAUCUCCGGCUCCCUCUGCAGCUUCAACUGGGUCCUCCCCUCGCAGCAGCUCAUCGUCGUGAACGGAACUCCCAAGACGUACACUAACGCCUCCAAUACCGGCAACGCCGUCACCAGCCACUUCUGCGGCAACUGCGGCACUACUCUCUGGAGAGACGGGCCUGCCACGCAGGGCAUGGUCUAUCUGAAGGCCGGCACGAUCGAUAACGGCGACGAGCGUGUCAACGCUAGGGCGCCUGUUGCUGAGAUCUUUACCAGGAGAAGGAUUGAGUGGGUUCAACCGAUGGAGGGUGCUCAGCAGAAGGUCGACCUCGUGUAG